UUUUCACGAUCUCAGUCAACGUCAAAGUCCACUACUUCUUACUUGACGGAUUUCAUUCAUUCGUUCGUACGAAUCAUUAUUUCUAAAUUCGUCUGUUUAUCGAUGAGACUUUUAUCGCUAAUCGCUAUCCAUAUUAAGUCGUUGGUGUAGUUACCUACUUUUAUUUCGCUAGUACACUUCAGUGAACGUCAUCCGAAUCAUCCGAUCGAUACCGCAAGUCGAUUGCUGUAAUUGACAGGAAUACAAAUCCAUAGAAAAGUAAAUAAAACAACUUAUAUAAUUUAUAAUUUGUAAAAUUCUAUAGUAAAUGUAAAAUAUUGUUCCGGUGUCAAAAUAUACAUCUGCCAAGACUUAGUGCCAUUCGUUUGUACAGCCGCCACUUCUGACUUGUUAUAGUCUACAGUAUAUUGUGCAAACUGCAAAAUGACAAAUUAUAAUAGAAGAAAUUGUGAGCGUGUCGUAAAUGAUACAAUUAAUCGAUGGCCCCAAGACGAAAUUGGUAUACUGGAUGGAAAUUGUUCUUUUAACAUUGACUAUUUGGGAUACGUUGAAGUAUCGGAACCCACAAAUUCAAAAGUAUGUCGUGAAUCAUUCGCUAAACUAUAUCAGGAAUACAAAACUGGUAUUUGUGACACUAAUCCUGCUAUUCUAUGGAUAACAGGAUAUGAGUUAAGAAUUGUUGACAAAAGAUCAAAGAAUUUAAUUCUGGCUCAAACUAUUGAAAAUAUAAUAUUUUGUUCAUCGACCACAGACUUUUCAGACCAGUUAUUCUAUACUAGCAGAGACUCUUACAAUAACCGAUGGCUGUGUCACAUGAUUAUUGUUACAGAAUUUUCAAACGACCGAGUGUGUAAAGCAGUGGGAUUUGCAUUUCGAGUAUGUCAGAGGCGAAAAACCAUACGAGAAGGAAUUGCAACAAAUACAACUAGUACCAGAUCUAUAGGUUAAAUAAACUAAAGUGUACAUGUACACAACAUCUAAAUGUGUUGUAAAAAUAUACAUAUAAAUACAUUUUUAAAAAUGUA